UUUUGAGAGGAUUAUAUUAUAUAAAUUUUUUAAAGUUUCUUUAGUAAUUACUGUUCAUCAUACAUAAUUUCAUCACCUUGGGGACAUGGUCUCACUAUGUCCGUGUCCAGGAUAGCUUUGAACUUUUGAUUUUCCUGCCCCAGACUUUAAAGGUGCAGCUACCACAGGCCUCAGCCUAUCUCCUCCUUUAUUUCAGAAGAAGCCAAUGAGUAGAGGUAUCUCAAUAAUGAGCAAGUAGAAGUUUGUAGAGACUUGGUAAGAUCCAUAAUUAUUAACUGGCAGAGCAGAGCAUCUCCUAAUUGUUUCUGUUUUGUUUUUCUUGUUUGAAGUGUGGAAGGUUCCUUGUUCUGUCCAUCUCCGGACAGGUGACUUGGAAACAACAUUAUACUGUUUUCUUUUUUUUACUGUUUUCUAUUACUAAAUAUCAUGUGUCAUAAUCACAUUGCUCAUCAGCCUCUCCUGUAUUCAUAAAUAGCAAUGCUCCGCUUAGCCUGAAGUCUCACUUCCUUAUAAACUGGCACACACUCACACCCCUUGGAGGUUUAUUAUCCGACUACUAUUAAAGCUCUCACUUAACUAAAUCUUAAGGUCUAAAAAAGUUGAGUGUUGGACAUGGUAAAACACCUUUAAUCCCAAUAAUUGGGAGGCUGAUACAGGGGGGUCUCUGAAUUUGGAAGCAGCCUGAUCUAUGAAAGAGUUCCAUGAUACCCAAAGGCUACAUAGAGAGACCUUGUCUCAGGAACCAAGAGGAGAUGGGGAGAAGAAGGAGAGGAAAAGGAGGGAGUUCUCUACAUCAAAUUUCCAUAUAGUGUUCCAUUACUCUCCCUCCAGAAACUCCUGUUUCUUGUUUGUAAAAAUGGAGGACACACAACAGUCCUUGGACCUAGGCACUAUUAUCUCAUCUGUAGAUAAGGAAUCUAGGGCAAAGAGGAUAAAUAAUUUGCCCAAGAAUCACAGCUAUUCUUUCUGUGGUUCAUCACACUAAAAGUAUAUAAUUCCCCAAAUCUUCAGUUACUAGAAACAUACAUGCAAACACGUGUAUAUUUGUCUUGCAAAUAUUUUUCCUUACAGGUUGUUACUUAAAUAUGCACCUUUUGCCCCAAACUCAAUAAGAACUAUUGAAAACUCUCCAGCAAUGGCAUUUCUCUUGUGUGACCUCCAGGAAAUUGUCUGCCCAAGAAGGCACAGCAAUAAGGGAGGUGGGACUUUUAUCGUGCCCACUGCCAGAUAAAGGUAGCUUUAGGUUUUUAACAUCCAUUUUUGUCACACAAAAUGUUAAGAUGCUGUGAGAACACAAGGCGGCGCUGCAGGAUAAGAAAGUAAAACCUAGAAGGCAGUUGUGGUUCCAUUAAUAGGGGGAAAGAAAAAAAAAUCCUGCAGAAGCCCAGAAGCCCAGAGAAGCCCGGACUGGAGGCUUCAGAAAGGAGGUCUCAGCCCUCAGAAAAGGACUGAAAGAAUUCUCAGGUAUCUGGUGAGACAACUACAGUACCAGAUACCAGUGCAGUUUAUGGUUCUGCUGAAACAUCCUUCAGGAGCUGUACCACCAAGAACAAUGGAGGCCAGCAGGAAGCUCAUUUGCAGGCAAAGGCAAGUCCUGUUUUUCUUUCUCCUAUUAGGUUUCCCUCUAACGAUUGCAGGGGAACUGAGGCGCUAUUCUGUGGUGGAGGAAAAGGAGGGUAGGUCCUUUGUAACCAAUUUAGUAAAAGACUUGGGUCUUGGGCAGCUGGAACUCUCCCGGAGAGGAGCUAAGGUCAUUUCUAAAGGUAACAAACUACAUUUGCAGCUGGAUCAGGAGACGGGGGAUUUGCUGUUAAAUGAGAAAGUGGACAGGGAAGAACUGUGUGGGCAAACAGAGCCUUGCUUGCUAAGCUUCCAAGUGUUGCUAGACAACCCCUUGGAUAUUUUUCAAGCUGAGCUAGAAGUCACAGACAUAAAUGACCACUCUCCAGAAUUCCUGGACAAAGAGAUCAUGCUAAAGAUAUCAGAAAGCAGUCUUCCUGGAGCUACAUUUCCUCUGAAGAAUGCUCAGGACAUGGAUGUAGGCCAAAACGGUAUUGACAACUAUCUGGUCAGUUCCAAUUCCUAUUUUCAUGUGCUCACUCGGAAACGCAGCGAUGGCAAGAAAUACCCUGAACUGGUACUAGACAGAGCACUGGAUAGAGAGGAGGAAGCUGAGCUCAGGCUAACCCUCACAGCACAGGAUGGCGGCUCUCCACCUAGGUCUGGAACCACUGAAGUCCACAUUGAAGUCCUGGACUUCAAUGAUAACGCUCCUCAAUUUGAGCAGCUUCUUUACAGGGUGCAGAUCCCUGAGGAUAGUCCAAUAGGCUUUCUGAUCAUCACUGUCUCUGCUACAGACAAGGACAUUGGAGUCAAUGGAGAGAUCUCCUAUUCACUUUUCCAGGUUUCAGAUGAUAUUAGCAAAACAUUUUCAAUCCAUCCGUUGACAGGGGAAGUGCGAUUGAAAGAACACCUUGAUUUUGAAAAGACUCAGUCCUAUGAAUUCAAUAUUGAAGCAAGAGAUGCUGGGACCUUUUCUGGAAAAUGCACGAUUCUGACCCAAGUCAUGGAUGUGAAUGACCACGCUCCAGAGAUUAUCCUAUCUGCAUUUACCAACUCCAUCCUUGAGAACUUACCAGAAACUAUGGUGGCAGUUUUUAGCGUUUCUGAUCUAGAUUCGGGAGAAAAUGGGAAAAUAAGUUGUUCUAUUCAGGACGAUCUACCCUUCUUCCUAAAGCCUUCUGGGGAAAACUUUUAUACGCUGUUAUCACAAAAACCACUGGACAGAGAGAAUGUAGCAGAAUAUAACAUCACCAUCACCGCUGCAGACAUGGGGAGUCCCAUCCUGAAAACACAAGUCAACUUAACAGUGCAGGUCUCUGACAUCAACGACAACGCCCCCAUCUUCACCCAAACCUCCUAUACCAUGUUCAUCCGCGAGAACAACAGCCCUGCCCUGCACAUAGGCACCAUCAGCGCCACAGACUCAGACUCGGGCUCCAAUGCCCACAUCACCUACUCGCUGCUGCCACCCUACGACCACCAGCUGGCCCUCGCCUCUUUCAUCUCCAUCAACGCUGACAAUGGGCAGCUGUUCGCGCUCAGGGCACUGGAUUAUGAGGCCCUGCAGACCUUUGAAUUCCAUGUGUGCGCCACAGAUGGAGGCUCGCCCGCGCUCAGCAGCCAGGCUCUGGUGCGCGUGGUAGUACUGGACGACAAUGAUAAUUCGCCCUUUGUGCUCUACCCGCUGCAGAACGCUUCUGCGCCCUCCACUGAGUUGCUGCCCAGGUCGGCAGAGCCUGGAUACCUGGUCACCAAGGUGGUGGCUGUGGACUGUGACUCUGGCCAGAAUGCCUGGCUGUCCUUCCAGCUGCUCAAGGCUACGGAGCCCGGUCUGUUCAGCAUGUGGGCGCACAAUGGUGAGGUGCGCACCACCAGGAUGCUGAGCGAGAGAGAUGUGCCCAAGCACAAGCUGCUAGUGGUGGUCAAGGAUAAUGGAGAGCCUCCGCGCUCUGCCAGUGUCACGCUGCACGUGCUAGUGGUGGAUGGCUUCUCUCAGCCCUACCUGUCUCUGCCAGAGGUGGCGCGUGAUCCUGAUCAUGAGGACAGUGAGCUUACAUUGUACCUGGUCAUUGCCUUGGCCUCUGUGUCUUCUCUCUUCCUCCUGUCUGUGCUGCUGUUUGUGGGGGUGAGGCUGUGCAGGAGGGCCAGGGCGGCCUCUCUGGGUGGCUGCUCUGUGCCUGAGGGACACUUUCCUGGCCACCUGGUGGACGUCAGCGGGGCAGGGACCCUGUCUCAGAGCUACCAAUAUGAGGUGUGUCUUACCGGAGACUCUGGGACUGGUGAGUUCAAAUAUCUGAAACCAAUUUUACCUAAUUUUCAAGACCAUUCUCUAAGACCAGAAAUGGGAGAAAAUCCCAACUCUAGGAACGACUGGAGUUUUGGUAUUCAGUUAAAAUAACAGCUUUUCAUCCUGUGUAAUGGGUUUUGUCAUAUACUCAAACUGCUUUUCUUGCUGUGCCCAUUUUGAACUUUUAAAGCACACUUAAAACUUGUUUGCAGGCUAUUCUCUCCGUGGUUUUAGAAAGUAUCUCAGCUUUUCUCCAGACUAGAAGAUGAAAUGUUCUAAUCUUAUGUUUAUUUGUUUGUUUGUUUGUUUGUUUAAUGUGUCACUAGUUGCACAAAUCUUUGUUCUGGGAUGGUUUGGGGAUGUACAAAAGGAAAAAAAAGGAGAAAUCAAUUCAACCCAAUCAGAUGGAAUUCAGGGUGUGUUCUCCCACUCAUUGUUAACUACUGAAUACACACUACUUAGCAAUGCUCAAACACAACGAGGUCUAAUCAGAUAGGAGAACGAGGGGCUCACUGAGGGGUCUGCCUUUUGCUUUAUUUGGCCUCUACUGGACUAACUGUCUUUGUUGAUGUUUUCUCUUAAAAAUCUUACAUAGCCACAUGGCUCCUCGCUAGCUUGCUAUUAGUUUUCCUGUCACUACUUUAAACCACUUUCUACUUUGUUUGUUUGUUUACUUGCUUGCUUGCUUGUUUUUUGGUUGGUGUUGAGGUUUCAGAAAGUUGUCCCUUACUUACCUGGUAAGUUGAAUGAGCAUGGCAGUAACAUUGAGUUUUCACUCCUGUUAAAUGCUUGCCAGUCAGAGAAACUGCAUCAGCUAAUAUUUAUUUCUUUCCUUCUUUGUUGUCAUUCCACAUUUCUUUCUUGUCAGUCAUGUGCUUAGCUAAAAGAAUACAUUUUCACUGUCCUUUUUUUUUCUAGCAAAUAGAGAAGGGCAUAUGGCUAGAUUAUAGUGAGAUGUAAAAUGUGGUACCUUCCACAGCUCUUCAGUUGAAGAUAAACUGGGAGGGGGGUCCUAUACAUGCCAAGUAAGGACUGUCUCUCUGAUCUGCCACUGUAAAUGCCCAAGAACACUUGUAAAGGAAGAUGUCUCACCUGGAAAGGGAUUUCACCCUUUGUUCAUGCUAUGUUCUCUCUGGGAUGUUCAUGGUAUGAUGAGCGCACAAAUACCCAUGUUGGCUCUGUGAUAGGAGUGACGGGCCAAAGUAGCAAGGAAUGAACUUAGCUAAGAUGGUCCCUGGCAACUCAGGAGUUCUCAUAUUAUUCCCUGCAUUGCCAAUUUCUAAGACUUUUUAAACAUUCAGAAAUAAAGGAAGUCCCAUGUCAUUAUUUUAGCUUUUAUGCUAUGAUCAGUUCUUGUGCUAUGGAAUCUAUUUGAGUGUUUGUAUGUGUGCCUGUUGGUUCAUGUGUGCUUGCAGAUGCCCUUGCGUCUCUGUAUGUUGAGGUCUAAAGUUGAUGUCUACCUUCAUUGCUCAAUUAUCUAGACUAGUCAGAGAGCUCUGUGGAAACACUGACUAACUGGUCACAAUUCUGGGCAAUAAAAGGAAAAGUCUGAGAUAUAAUCCUAGUUACCUGAUUCUAAUGACCCAGUUCUUAGUAAUAUGCUAUACUGACAAGAAUAUACUGGUAGCAUUAUUUUCCUAUGGAGAGAAGAAAUCUUUCCCAUUCCAUGAAUAAAAUGACUUUGUGUAAAUGUAAUCUUUAGUUCAUAGUUUGUAUUUCUUUCUAUAGCAGUGACUACACUGCUUAGAAAAUAACUCAAAACACUCACAAAAAUCAAUGACCUAAGUCAAAUUGAAUCACACUACAACUGCUCUUCAUGAUGAAGAAGUCAGCCUGGUUAUAUUCUUGUGGGUACUCAAUGAGUCACAUGCUUUAUUGUGGAAGUGAGCUGUCCUAUAUGGGCAGCAGAAUCACUCUAUGAUUGUGUUUAUUGAACCUUGUAUCGGUCUCUCAGUCAUCCUCUAUAAACUCUAACGUAUUAUAUGCUUUGUAUACAGUGAGCCCAUUAUUAAAAUUGAAUAUCUUAAGCUCACUUCAGCAUUGUGUAUGUGUUUGAAAGCAAUUGCUUUCUAGAAGUUUAGCUGAAAACUAAUUUUAAGAAAACUACGAGCAAUGUUCUGGAUGAAUUUUCACACUUAAAUAACUGAGAGAUUCUUGAAAUUCUGUAGAAAAUGAUGUUUCUAAUUAUUUUCUGUUACAGUUAACCUUUUAUCUUUGGCAAAAUAAUGCCCAUUGAUGCCUUCAUUUAAAUAAUGCUAUAAAACAUCAGAAGGCCAUACAUGGCUUUUUAAAAAGAAUGAAUCAUCACAACUGAAUAAGAAAUUCUUUAGCACUUAAAAUAAUAAUACUAUUUAUAUAGAAGCUAUCAGUUUUUGGUGUUUUGGCACAAUAAUCCAUAUUUAUGUCCUGUUUUGAUUCUCUGUUGCUGUCAGAAAAUUCACAAGAAAUUGCUUAAAACAAUAAAAUGUAUUAUCCCAUAGUUUUGUAAAUAAAAAAACAAUAAGUGUCUAAUUGAACUGACAAGAGAAGUCCAUGGGAAUACAUUGUGUUAUGGAGACUUUAUAGAACCUUUUUUGUCUUUUCCAUCCAGAUAUUUUCCACAUCACAUGGUGCAUGGUUCCUUCAACUUCACAGCAUGUAACAUUGCUUGUAUAGCCAUUUCCUCUGACCCAGUCUGAAAAUCUUCUUGAAUAAAAGUUCUUUAUCCAAAUUGAUAAAUUUGAUAAAUAUCCUGUUUAGAUAAUGAAGGUCAAUCUCCUAUUUGAAGAAUCUUUAACUUAAUCAGCUUUGCAAAGGAUUUUCUUGCCAGAUUAUAUAAUAUAAUUACAGAUUCUAUGGUAUAUUUGAGUGGCUAUUAUUCUGCCCAGCAAUACCACCAACUGUCAAAUGGAGGCACAUAAAGAUCAUUAUAACAAGAGUUUAGGCCUCAUUGACUUAAGGAAUCUAAUUAAACAAACUUAUAGAGCCAUUACCAAAAACUAUGAAUUGAUAAGGGCAUCAGCGUUUGUGUGGUACUGGAGUUCAGACCCUGAACUUCACAAAUGCUAAAUGUGCUCUAUCACUGAACUCCCUGUCCUGUCCAUUGUGAAUUUUCACUGCGACUCAUUCAAAUUCUAUGAACAAACAAACAAAAAAUACA